AUGUCGCCUGAUACCCAUUUCUCCCCUUCCUCUUCUUCCUCCUCCUCCUCGUCCAGCAAUGCGUCGGCCUCCCCGGAGCGCAGCGAUACCGCCGCCAGAUCGAGCGACACAUCCGUCGCCACGACCUCCUCCUCACGAAGCAGUCGCCAGCCACUUAGCCGACGAGGUCACUUCAAGUCGCGAAUGGGGUGCUUCAACUGCAAGAGACGCCGUGUCAAGUGCAACGAGCUGCGGCCACAGUGCUCUCCCUGCCGUCGCCUCGCCCUCGACUGCUCCUAUCCCCCAACGCCCACGCCAGCCGCAAGUGCUAUACGCUCCAACCCAUCCAUGCUCUCCAUGGAAGACCUGCGUUUCUAUCACCAAUUCAUAACCGCCGCCAUUCCCCCUCUCCCAAUCCAGGCUGACAAGGGGUGGAUGGACUGCGCAGCCAUGUCUCACGAGUAUGAUUUCCUCGCGCAUGCUGUCCUUGGUCUGGGCGCUUCUCAUCUUACAAGUCACACAAACGCCGACUUUACUUCGCAAGCGCUGCAACACCGACUCGUGGCAAUUAAACAGGUAAACGAGCAGCUCAGUAACCCGCCCUCGGACCAGCAGACCCUCGACGCAAUCCUUGCCGCGCUUUUUUGUCUCAUUACACAAGCCUCGCUUAUCGAUGAUGGCCUUGCCGAUUACCUAACCAUUAUUCGUGGCGGACAUCUCAUCGUUCUCGUCAUCAUCGGUGACAUGUCCAAGUCUGUUUUUCCUGGCUUUACCCCGGACGGGCACAACCACUCGUCUGCCGAGGUCGUCCGAGAAGACCAGCGUGAUGAUAUGACGGAUAUGAACGAGUUUGAGCUGUCUCUGCGCAUGCUGGAGCCUUUACUACGGGCCCCUUACGAGCACAAAUACUACGGCGCGCUGUCGCAACUACAUCCCGCUAUGCAGCGGUCAUCUUUACAAGUCCCCGCUACAUUCAGCAAUGAAGAGUUCUUGGAGCUUAUCAACCCCGAAAAUUUCGGCUCCAGGCUGCUGUUGAUACACAUGUUCCUUGUCGACUAUGUCAUCGCCGCGAUAUGUCUGUCCCCAGAUAUGCCCAUCAAAUCCCCUCGGCGAAAACACGUCAUAAUCAAGUGGGCAAGAAACGCGACAUCGAGUAUACCCCAAGAAUAUAAGCGUUAUACAACGUGGAUCGACAGCUACUGCGACAAGUUGGAGCAGAGUAACGAUUGCCGACAUCUCUAUACCCCCUGA